AUGUUUUUUCAACAUGAUGGCGCCCCUGCACAUUUUGGACGCAAUGUUCGAAAUUGGUUGAAUGUCAAUUUUCCAGACAGACAAUUAUCGCAACAAGGAUGCCUCGCUGAGUUACUGUCUGUUUUCGGCAACGAAGCGCCACAAGAGUCGACAAUUUCCCGUUGGUAUGGAGAAUUCAAACGUGGACGGGUGAGCCUUAGCGACGAUUCCAGGGUGGGUGCACCAAAAACGACAGUCACCCAGGAAAUCGUCGAUGCUGUGCCCAAACUCAUCAUUGAAGAUAGACAUGUGACAUAUCACGAGAUUAAGGCUUCCUUGAAGAUCUCAAAGACCUCAAUUCAAAAAAUUUUACGUGAAGAAUUAGGAGUAAGAAAAUUAGAGCAGAAAGCAGCCAGGGUUAAUUGCACUGUUAGUGGUGAUGAAUCGUGGAUUUACUGUUAUGAACCAGAAAAUAAACGACAGUCGGCUGUUUGGGUGUUCCAAGGUGAAGAAAAGCCAACAAAAAUGGUCGCGACAUUUGUGUCAAAAGCGGGUCAUAUUGCAACAAUUCCUCAAGACAUCCUCCAACAAGACAAUGCAAGCUCGCACACAGCCCAAGAAACAAGGCAAUAUUUAACGGAAGAAAACGUGGAAUUAUUGGACCAUCCUCCAUAUAGUCCCGAUCUAAUUCCUAACGAUUUCUUUACUUUCCCGAAAAUUAAAAACACACUGCGUGGUCAAAGGUUCCAGUCACCAGAAGAAGCAGUUGACGCAUUCAAAUAUGCCGUUUUGGAUCUGCCAGCAAACGAGUGGAAUAAGUGCUGCGAAAAUUGGUUCGACCGCAAGCAGAUGUGUAUUAAUCUUCGUGGAGAAUACUUCGAAAAACAAUAA